GGGUUAAACAAAACCACCUGACAAGGCCGCGCGCUCUUAAUAUGGCGUCUCCCACGGAGCGGAGUAAGAUAACACGAGCCGGGCCCGGGCAGACACGCGACCAACUGCUGCCGCUGCUCGAUUCGGUGGACGAUGCCGAGGGCCUCUACGUGGCUGUGGAGCGCUGCCCACUCUGCAACACCGCCAGAAGGCGCCUUACCUGCGCUAAAUGCAUCUUGGCCGGAGAAUUCGUUUACUUCGAUAGUAGGAACUCGGAGAGGUAUGUUGACAAGAUGGAACGGUUAAAACACUUGAGGAAUGAGAAGGAAAAAUAUCAGCAACAAGUUAUAAAAGCUAUUGAAGGCAAGUGGAAAUCUGAUCAGCUGAAAUGGAAGAUUAUGUCGUGCAAAAUCAGGAUUGAACAGCUAAAGGAUGCAAUAUGUUGUGGGAAUGCGGAAGUCCAAAGAGAGAAGGAAUUAGUAUGUAAAAAUCAGGAAGACAACCAAAAGUUACAACGUCGGGCCCAACGGCAUCAGGAAAAAAAAGACAAAAUUCAGAGACUCAUCCGUAAACUUGGUGAUUUGGUUGAGAAGAAAAAUGUCGAGUUCUGGAAUCGACAAGAACACCUCGCCCGCAACCGCUGGAAACAUGUCCUUGAACUGACACGUCUGAUUUUCCCACUACAAGAAGUGAAAAUAGGAAUGAGGGAUCCAGCAGAUGCAACAUUUGAAUCUGACAGUGGUAUGACUUCUAGUACUGUGAGUGAGCUGGCAGAGGCAAGGAGAACUACAUAUCUCUCUGGUAGAUGGAUCUGUGAUGACAACAAUGGAGAAACCAAUAUAGGGAUUGUAGGCCCCUGGAUCUACUUGCCUAGCAAUGGGGAUUAUUCGGCUUAUUACAAUUGGGUGGAAGAAAAAAAGACUGCACAAGCACCAGAUAUGGAGCAAAGUAAUCCUGCCUAUACCAUCAGUGCAGCACUGUGCUAUGCCACACAGCUAGCAAAUAUACUAUCUCACAUUCUUGAUGUAAAUCUUCCCAAAAGACUUUGCAACAGUGAGUUUUGUGAAGAGAAUAUGAGCAGAAAGAAGUUCAUUCGAGCGGUGAAUAAGCUAAACACAAACAUCCUACAUCUCUGUUUUUCACAGCACGUUAACCCUGAGCAGUUGCAUCCCUUGCACACACUCCGAAAUAUUAUGCAUUUGGUUAGUCCUGAAAAUAAAAGCCUGGGCAGAUCUGGGCCUUUUGAAAUCAGUGCUGAUCUUGAAGAUUCCAUGGAGCUAGUAGACCCAAGUAUUGCUGCUCAGACAGAUGAAAGUGGUGAUGAAUAUAUAACUGACGAAGAAACUGAUUUGGGAACAGAUUGGGAGACUGUACCUAGUCCUAAAUUUUAUGAUAUCCCUUCUCAGCCCAUAGAAGUACUGCAAAGUCAAGCCAUGCUAGUAUCUCAGCCACUCAGCAAUAGCAACAGCACGGGUGGUAUGAUCUCUUCUGCAGCAGCUUCUGUUACGUCGUGGUGGAAACAAUAUUAUGGACAUCGCUGAUUUGCUGCACAGGAUCACAAACUUCUAAUAAAAUGGAAAGGUGUGAAAACGACACUUUGAAUAGUGCCUAAAAAAAAAACUGUUGUAUGGCUCCGAAGCAAAAACCACAAAACUGCAACUGAUGAGAUUCUGUUGGGUAUAAUGGAACUAUUUUUCUUCUGUGCAAAUCGAUCUGUUUGAAAGUGAAACAUUAAUUGUUAAGAGUGAAACAUCAGGAGCACUUUUUGAUAGAAGUAUUACACUUUUGUAGAAAAGUAAGUCUCAAUAAAUUUUGACUCUCAAUCAC